AUGAAACAAACCGCCCGCACAAUUCAAUGUCGCCCUCGAUUAUUCUAUCUGCAACGACCUGAGAACUUCCAUCGCGUGCCAGAUGCGACACCUAUCGAAGAGGAGCUUCUUCCCGGGUACAAGGCAGAGAACUAUUAUCCUAUCACGACAGACACGACCUUGCAAUCUCGGUACCACAUUAUCUGCAAACUUGGACGUGGAGUCGGAACCUCUCAAUAUCGAGCUGUAAAAGUAUGCACUCGGACUACAGAGGGUGCGGUUCCCGCACAAGCCAGUCAAGAGAUCGCUGUUGCGGAAUUCCUCAAGACAAGCCCUGUCCAAGAGCACCCGGGCAGACGGAGUGUCCGCAUAGCUCUGGACUCGUUCACCCUCAACGGUCCUCAUGGGACGCAUACUUGUCUUGUCUAUGCGCCUCAGGGAAUGACUUUGACCGAACUUCGCGACUACCUACCGAACAACAGGCUACCGAAGCAGAUGCUGCAGUCGACCGUCCAACUUCUUCUGAUCGCGUUGGACUAUCUUCAUAAAAAUAGCGUUGUUCAUACCGACAUUUCUCCAAAUAAUCUCCUUGUUGGCGCAACGGAUGAAGAUGACACGGCAUUCUCUCAACUAGAGAAGGACGAGCAGACGUGCCCUGUCGCAAGGAAGGUCCUCUCCGACAGAACAAUUUACAUGUCGCGCCCCGUACCUCGAACUAAAGGCAAGCUUAUACUCUCUGAUAUGGGCUCAGCCAGAUUUGGCCACGAGACUUUCAAAGGCGACAUUAUGCCUGAUGUCUAUAGAGCCCCGGAGGUUAUUCUAGGUAUGGAGUGGUCGUCUAAAGUCGACCUGUGGUCGGUGGGGGUUAUGAUUUGGGAUCUUUUGGAAGGCAAACGACUGUUUCAUGCCAAGAAGGACGGUGUUCUGGAUGAUGAACAGCACUUGGCGGAAAUGGUAUCUCUGAUGGGCAACCCGCCACCCGAAUUUGUGCGGCGCAGUCCAAUCUGCGCCAGAUUCUUCGACGAAGAGGGCAAUUGGAAAGGCUCUAUUCCUAUCCCCAGCCAGUCCUUCGAAGAUCGAAUCACCCAGGUGCAAGGCGAGGACAAAGAGCUACUGCUUGUGUUUGUGCGCAGUCUGCUUUGCUGGCUACCCGAGGAGAGGCCGACAGCCGAGGAGAUGGCAUAUGAUGAUUUCCUCAUGCAAGCAUACUUUGCCUCUCAGUCUAAACAUGAAGGCUGAUACUUGGAGUUUGCGAGAAGAUGGGCGCGAAGAUGGAAGAAAAGCGUUGUUAGACUUCCGGGUAUUCACGGAAUCACGGAUAGUGCCUGACUUAUAGCUGAGACGUGAUUAGUCAGAACAACGUCAGACCAUAUUAGAGUGGAGCAGGUCUGAUUUAGUCACGAUUGAUUGAAUUGUCA